AAACCGCACUUUCUCUCACUCUUUAAGAACCCGCCAAAGAGCGCAGAGCAGAGAGAGAAAGUACGCAAAGCCAGCACGGAGGGCAUCGCCAUCCAGGGUCAGCAGGGUUCGCGGCUCCUCCCAGAACAGCUUCUGACCGAGGCCUUCAUCCUCAGCGAUCUGUUCGACAUCGGGGAGCUGGCAGCUCUGGAGCUCCUCUUGGCAGGCGAACAGCAGCAGCCACAUUUUCCUGGCCUGACGCGAGGUCUGGUGGCGGUGUUACUCUACUGGGACGGAAAGCUUUGCGUUGCUAACUCUCUGCGCACACUCAUCCAGUCACGCCACGGCAAGACCUUCACCUUGGAUCUAAGUGGAGAGCUGGUGGCUCUGACCACACGAUUUACAGACGAGUUGAUGAGCCAAGGACUGACCACACGCAUCCUGAACCUAGUGUCCGAGAUAAGUGUGACACAAGAGUUUGAACGGCUACAGAAGGAGCGCGGCCUGGGAAAUGAAAAGCACAGGAAAGAGGUCUGUGACCUCAUCAAAGAAUGCCGGCAGGCACUGGCAGACAGCCUAUUUUCAUGGACCUGCCAGUCACCUCUGACUAAGCACGACACCCUGGCUCUCAUUGGCCACCUGGAGACGAUGACCGUGCAGGCGGAUGGGUCACUGGACAGUGUGAACCUUGCUCUGGUGAUGUCGCUGCUGUACUGCCUGGACGUCAGCUUCAUCGAGCAGGGAACUGAAGACAGAGAAGAUCUUCUCCAGGCACUGCCGUUGCUCACAGAGAGGCAGUAUGUGUCUGCAGUACACAGUCGUCUGAUGGACAGCCAGCCAUGGAAACUCCCCGGUUUGCAGGCCGUUUGUCGCCUGGCCUGGGCUCUGUCCCUUCGAGUCCUGUCCCAGUUACCACAGGGCUCCGCCCUUGUAGAGUUCACUGAAGCAGAUGAGGCCCUGGCUGACCAGGCGCUUCUGGGAGAUGUCUUCCUGUUCAUCAAAGAAGGAAUGCUGGGAUGUGAGAGUUUUCCUCAGGAGGAGUUUUUCAUCCGCCGCCUCCAUUCGCUCAUCACAGACUUCCUGGCACUCAUGCCAAUGAAGGUUAAGCAGCUCCGUAAUCGUGCUGACGAGGAUGCCCGCCUGGUGCACAUGUCUCUGCAGAUGGACAGUGAGCUUCCAUCUUCACUGAGGAAAGACCUGGACCAUCUCCUGGCCUUAAUUGGAGAGUUUUACAGUAAGGACCCGUUUGGGCUGGAGCUGGGUCUGGAGUUCUGGUGUCCCACAGAAUCACUCCAGCACACCUCACUGCAGGGGUCCUACCUGGGAAUGGCCCUCCAAAGGCCUCCUCACAAACAGGUGGUUCUGUCAAAGUUUGUGCGUCAGAUGGGAGACCUCCUACCCUCCACCCUUUAUAUUCCCUACCUGCGCAUGCUGAAAGGCCUCGCCAACGGCCCCCAGUGUGCUCACUACUGCUUCAGUCUGCUUAAAACAAAUGGAGCCACACACAGUGACAACAUCCAGGGAGUCUCAGGCAGUCCUGUGUCAUGGGAGCAUUUUUUCCACUCCCUCAUGCUCUACCACGAGAACCUGAGGCGAGACCUGCCCAACCCGGACGCCACCCAGUACCGCCACCCGCCGCUCAGAGGCAUCACCCAAAGAGAGCUGGACGGCCUGACUUCGUUUUUGCAGUUACUCACAACCAUCGUCACAUGGAGCGAAAAUGCACGCCUGGCUCUCUGCGAGCAUCCCCAGUGGACCCCAGUCGUAGUGAUGCUGGGGCUGCUACAGUGCAGCGUCCCCCCCAUCCUGAAGGCCGAGAUCCUGCUCUGCCUGGCCGCCUUCGGGAAAUCGCCAGAGAUCGCUGCUUCUCUGUGGCAGUCGCUGGAGUACACGCAGGUCCUUCAAACUGUUCGUGCCCCGGGGCAGAGGCAAGCAGCUGGAAUCGAGGUUGAGCUGAAUGAGAUCGAGUCGAGCAGCGAGGAGUACCCGCUGACCCGAGGCUUCUGCCACCUGAUCAGCACGCUGGCUGAGAGCAGCCUGCCUGUCAAUCUGGGAGCAGGGCUCCGCGUGCCAGGCUUUCAGCCCUACCUGAACUUCCUGCGGGACUCCGUCUUCCUCCCUUUCCCCACCAGAGCUUAUCGCCGUCCGGCUGAGAAGUGGGAGGUCGCCGACUCUGUGCUCGAGGUGUUCCACAAGCUGCUGAGGGACUACGAGCCCCAGCCGUCAGACUUCAUCCAGGAGCUGGUGGAGAUCCAGGGCGAGCAGGUCCCGGCCUACAAGCCCCCCGGCCACAGCAUCAUGUUCCACCUGCUCAACGACUCGCCCACGCUGGCGCUCUGCCUCAGCCUGCUGGAGGAGGGCGUGCGCCAGCUGGACACUUACGCGCCCUUCCCUGGUAAAAAGCACCUGGAGUCGGCGGUGUUGCACUGCCUGUGUCUGGUGGACUUGGCUCUCCAGAAGGAGGUGGUGUUCAUGGACCUCCUGAGGGAGAGCCAGGCCUCCCUGCUGGUGUCCCCCCUGGAGCAGCUUCUCCAGGGGGUCAGCCCCCAAACCCGGAGAGCCGAUCACAUCGUCAACAUUGCCAGGUAUCUGUACCACAGCAGCUCAAACCCAGAGGCGGCUUUCCAGAGCGCCAAGAUUCUGCGACGUAUUGCCAACUACCCCAACAUUCAACAGAGGCUGGUCGGCGAUUUCACACACGACCAGGCUGUGAGUGAUAAGCUUAUGGCUGGCUUUGUGGAGUGCCUGGAUAAUGAAGAGGCAGAAGAAGGAACAGACAACGGCGAUGACUUGGAUCAGCAGAAGAAGGUGUCAAGAAUCCGACACGAGACCCAGAUCCACAUUCUGAACCUACUAAUCACCUCCUUGGAGCUGAAGACGCCCAAUCUGGCCCUUUACCUUUUGGGCUACGAAGUCAAGAAGCCCGUGUCCUCGACCAACCUCCAGGACCCAGGUGUUUUGGGGUGUCCGCGCAGCUGUUUGCAUGCCAUCCUCAGCCUGCUGCAGAGAGGCACCGAGAAAAGAUCCGGACCUGUGCUCACAAAGCAGGCCCCACAGCUGGCCGAGCUCUGCUACCAGGUGAUCUACCAGCUGUGCGCCUGCCAAGACACAUCUGGACCCACCAUGCGCUAUUUGAGGACCAGCCAGGACUUCCUGUUCUCUCACCUGCAACAUUUACCCUUCACCCUGGAAAGUAACCAGAUCGCCGCUCUCUCCCAGAUGUCUUGGCUCAUGAAAACUGCAGCGAUCGAGCUGCGGGUGACCUCUCUGAACCGGCAGCGUUCGCACACUCAGCGCCUGGUCAACCUGCUGCUGGACGACCAGCCGCACGCGCAGCACGCAGUUGACGGCGAAUCUGGCAUGGAGGAAGAGACCCGAGCGGUCAGCGGUUUCCUGCAUUUCGACACUGUCUCUAAAGUGCGCCGGAAGCUGCUGAGCGUGCUGGACGCCAUCGACUUCAGCCAGGCCAUGCCGGAGCUGCUGCAGCUGGACUUCUUCGAGCGCACGCAGAUCGAGCAGGUCAUUUCCAACUGCGAGCACGUCAACGAGCAAGGACACACCGUGUGCAACGUCAAGCUGCUUCACAGAGUGUUGGUCGCCGAGGUCAAUGCCCUGCAGGGGAUGGCGGCUAUCGGGCAGAGGCCCCUCCUCAUGGAAGAGGUGAACUCCAUCCUGCAGCAGGUGGUUGAGCGUAACCGUGUCCGCCGGAGCCUGACUGCGAAGCGGCACGCGCUGCAGUCCUGGAGGAGCCUGGUGGAGACGCUGCUGACCGCCUGCCCCGCCGACCUCAUCCCCGCCGACGACCGGCAGCUCAUCAUCCGAGACCUACUGCUGGACCUCCACGACAAGGUGCUGUCGGUGGACGCAGCCGGGGAGUUGAUGCCCAUCGUUGCCGGAGCGGUCUUCACCCUCACCGCCCACCUCAGCCAGUCGGUGCUGUCCGAGCAGCAGCAGGGGACGGGGGCCGAAGCCUCCUCAGGCUUCGCCUCCAUUGCAAACUCGGCCCUUCACCUGAUCCUCCGCAAGCUCCUGGACUUCAUCCUUGCCACCGGAGGCGGAUACCAGCGCCUGCGUGCUCACCUGUACGGCUCUCUGCUGUACUACCUCCAAAUCGCUCAGAAACCAGAGGAACCCGACACUCUGCAGACAGCAGGAAAAGCCAUGUGGGAGCGCCUCACGGCCCCCGAGGACGGAUUCUCCAAACUGCAGAGAGAAAACCUUGCCAUUAUCGAAAGUUAUGGCAAAGCGCUCAUGGAGGUUGUGUGUAGGGAUGCCUGCGAUGGCCAUGAGAUAAGCAGGAUGCUGGCCCUGGCCGUGCUGGACCGGAUCCUGUCCAUAGACCGUCAGAACCAGUGGCUGGUGUAUGUGUGCAACAGCGGCUACCUGCGCUCGUUGGUGGAGAGUCUGAGGCAGGACGACGCGGCCCUCCAGAGCAUGCUGACCCCUCAGCCACCCCUCCUCAAGCCGCUUUACAUCUACGAGAGCAAGAUGGCUCUUCUGACGCGCGUGGCUAAGAGCGGCGAGGGCGCUGUGGAGCUGCUGCGCUGUGGGCUGGUGGCACAGCUGAUCGAGUGCCAGGUGUUUGACAUGAUCCCCGACAGCGAUUCACACAGGGUGAUGAGGGACCCUUCGGGCUUCAUCCCUACUCCUGUGGAUCGCUACAGGCAAAUUCUUUUACCAACCUUGAGACUACUUCAAGUGAUACUGACGUCCACCUCCAUAAAUCACCAGCAGGGGGCAGCACAGGUCCUCCAGUGGCUGAUAGUCCAUGCGGACACCAUUCAGUCCCUGCUGCGCUGUCAGGAGCUCAGUAUGGGAGCUCUGCAGGAGUUCUCCCUGUUGACCGGAAUCAUCAGCAAGACGGCUCUGCCAGGCGUUCUGGAGAUGGGUGGAGAGAUCAACAGUGCGGCUCUUAUGGAGUUCCAGGGACACAUCACCAGAUUCCAGCGUCUGUGUCUCUCCCUGCUCGGCCGUUUGGCGGGAAGCGAGCGGGAGCGGCUGUUGAAGCAGGCGGAGAUCUCCGUUCCCGGGGACUCGGCCGAACGGAGAGAGGAGGUGGAGGUGGCCAUGCAACAGGUGUGCGCCAACAUCAUGGAGUACUGCCACACUCUCCUGCUGCAGAGCUCCGCCCAGGCCCAGUUCAGCAUCUGCCUCUUCAGCCCGUCGGGCAGCGAGCCGGCGGGCAGAGACGCCGGGCGCUCUGACCUCUCGUCCACUCUGCCCUCGGUGGCCUACUCGCGGGUCCCCAGCCUGGGUCUGGUUCUCUACCUGCUGAAGAACAGCGCCGCAGACUUCUUCCGCUUCCACCAGAGCCACCGGCAGAGCCUGGGCAAACUCCAGAGCCUCGAUCAGCUACCCCCGGAGGAGCUCAAAGAGCUGUGCCAGGGCCUAGUGUCAGGCCCAGGAGGAGUGGAGAAAAUCUCCUCAGUCCAGAGGAGCCUGCUGGCCAAGAGACGGUUGGUCCAGCUGAUCAACAACAGAGCCAAGCUGCUGGCCUUAAGCUCCUGUAUCCUUUACGAGGCAAACAGCUUUUCCUCCGGAGACCUUUCUCCUAGCCUCCUGCCUCCUGUCAGGCGGACCUGCUUAUUUGUGCUGUGGCGCCACCUGGAGUACUACCUUUUGCACUGCAUCCCCUCUGACCCCAAGGACUCCCUGCUGGCCGGAGCCAGUUUGUUCAGAUCCCGCCUCACAGACGACCCGUUUGGCGGACUGCAGGCCAGUGGAAGUCGAGGACUCGGCCUGUCCAGGGUCAGCCAACAGGACCUGGACCAGCUGAAAAGCGACAUGGCGGCGGGCUUCGGCGAGGCCCUGCAGAGGAAGCUGCUGGAGGUGGAGGGCCUGUACAGCCAGGUGCGCUCGCGCUACACAUUCAUCCAGGCCCUGGUCCGGAGGAUCCGCGGCCUGCUGCGACACAACAAAGGCUGAACCGCCGGGGGCAGAGCCCGGCCCAGUUCUGAACGAGAUGAUGAAGCAUCCAGAACAUCGAAAAACAAACAGGCGCUGAAUUAGUUUGUUUUUUCCCGACCAACCCGAUCCUUAUCCUGGUUUUUGCGACGUCGCCGGAUCUAAUUAUGUCACCCAGAGCCGUGGAAGCGACGUUCUUCAAAGACGUGUGAACAUACAGGCACCAUCUUUUACCAAGCAGAAUUUGAUAUUUGUCUGAUGUCUCCUUUUUUUUUUCCUUUUGUGAAAAUAAAUAUUUUCUAAAUCUCUUAAAUCGUGUAAUUAGUAACAUUUGAUACUAUAAAAAAGAGUUUC